UCAAUUUAAGUAUUCGGAGUUGUUUUUGGAGAAUGACCUAAUAGAGGAAGAGGCAGCUUUUGGUGCUGCAAGGGGCAUAAAAAUUUGCACGGUGUACGCGCUGGACAGAACCAGUUCGGGGCUGGGGAUCCUCGGGGGUCCUGGAGGUGGCAUCGUCGGCAGUGGCGGUGGUCCAGGGCUGGUUGGAAUUUGUGGUAGCACGGCCACUGGUUCCCUGCAGACGCCUUCCGAAUACGUUGUAACGGCUGCAGCUGCUGCGGCGGCGGCAGCAGCAGCAGCUGCUUCGGCAUGCUAUCCUCCAACUUCCGGGCUAGCUUUAACAGCCGCCCCUCACGCACAACCCCCGGAACUUGAUCCCACGAUGACGCCUACCUCCGCUCCACCCCCGGCUUCUGCUUCGGCCUCGGCUUCAACCCCGACAUCGGCAAUUCCGUCGGGUCCCAACAAUCCUGUAGCCAUGAGUCAGCUGGGAACUGUUUAUGCUACAAAGAGAAGACGCCGCAAUGGAAAGAGUUUGAAGCCACCUCAAAAGGAUGGAGUCACAAAAUCGAAUCCAAGCAAGAGACAUCGUGAACGUCUCAACGCUGAACUGGAUACUUUAGCUUCUUUACUUCCCUUCGAGCAGAACAUACUUAGCAAGUUGGAUCGCCUCAGCAUCCUCAGGCUCAGUGUUAGUUAUCUACGUACCAAAAGUUACUUCCAAGUGGUAAUGCAUAAGGACAAGGAGGAGAACUCUCACCAUGAUUCGCAUUAUCGAGCAAGAGAAUUGGCAGCGCUCGCAGCUUAUGACCAUCAUCACCUCGACGGUGAAAUGUUCCUUCAGGCUCUGAAUGGGUUUCUAUUAAUACUGACCUGCGACGGAGAAGUGUUCUUUGCAACCCACAGCAUAGAGAGUUAUCUUGGCUUCCAUCAGUCGGACAUUGUGCAUCAGAGUGUCUAUGAAUUGGUGCAUAGUGAAGAUCGAGAAGAAUUGCAGAGACAAUUAAUGUGGAAUUCAUUCCUGCCGGCCGAGAGUGCCACCCUUCCUCUCCACGAUGCUCUCUCGCCGCAACACAGCCACCUUCUCGAACGAAGUUUCACGGUGCGGUUCCGCUGUCUGUUGGAUAACACAUCCGGUUUUCUGAGAUUAGACAUUAGGGGCCGAGUGAAAGUGCUUCAUGGACAAAAUCGAAAAACGGAGGAGCCACCAUUAGCUUUGUUCGCCCUCUGCACUCCAUUUGGACCGCCUUCAUUGUUGGAGGUGCCACAGAAGGAAGUGAUGUUCAAAAGCAAGCAUAAACUCGAUCUUGCACUCGUCUCAAUGGACCAGCGGGGAAAAAUGCUCCUCGGUUAUUCAGACUCGGAAUUAGCUAAUCUCGGUGGUUAUGAUUUAGUUCAUUACGAUGAUUUGGCAUACGUUGCCAGUGCUCAUCAGGAAUUACUCAAAACGGGAGCGUCAGGUAUGAUCGCUUAUAGAUUUCAAACGAAAGACGGAGGCUGGCAAUGGUUGCAAACUAGUUCGAGAUUAGUGUACAAAAACUCCAAACCUGACUUUGUCAUUAGCACUCAUCGACCUCUCAUGGAGGAGGAAGGUAGAGAUUUAUUAGGAAAGAGAACAAUGGACUUCAAGGUCAGCUAUCUGGACGCAGGACUAACCAACAGUUAUUUUUCUGAUAGCGAUAGUCUGACAGGUUCAACGAUGACACCAACAAUUCCUGCGCAACCAACGCCACAGCGUGUUAAUAGGCGUUACAAAACGCAAUUGAGGGAUUUCUUGUCGACCUGUCGAAACAAGCGCACCAAAUUGUCGAAUCAAUCGUCGAUAUCGCCACCCGCAACGCCAACAGUCACGUCUGUCGACUAUUUGACAGCCGACACAAGUGCUGCAGCUGCCGUUGCUGCAGCGUACAGCAAUCUCAAUCCAAUGUACGCAACGCCUUAUGCACCAGCUGCCGUUGCAACCGCGACCGAUCCCUCCUUAACCACCUACAUCGGUCACACCAGUAACUAUCAUCAGACACUCUAUCCGACAACUGCUCUCGAUAACAGGUACCUGACGGCGACGGAAAAUAUUUUCCAAUAUCGACCCCUAGGUUCCUAUUAUCCCGAGUAUCACACAACAACGGCCUACAACGGCUUCAUCGACGUCUCCCUACCGACCUACGACAGUCACCAACUGGGCAAUAAGUCCGAGGAGAAGAUCUACUGCCAACAGCUCAGCGAUUCACCAAAGUACAAUUACACCGACACCCGACUUCCCGGCAGCGUUGGAAGUUCCCCCUACGCACCAAGUCCCGUCACAGGCGGACCAAUUCACUCGGCCGGCGACAUGAACGCCAUCCGAGCCAGCAGUCGACAGUCCCUCGAGGGAGCGUCGUCGAGCAAUUCAGCGGGCAGUUCGCCCGUGUCAGCGGCGAACGGCGUUCUCACUCCAAAAAUGGAGGACGUCAAGCCCGAUCUUUACGGCAGUGAGGCGCCACGACAAACGGUCCUCAUGUGGGGCGCACCACCAAAUCGCACCUCACCCAAAAACAACGGCACCUACAGUCCACCGACUCCCUGCUCGACGAGAUCCUCGCAUUCGGUGAACGCCUCCAUUUCCGGCAACUCCAACAGUGGCGAUCCACUGAAAUCACUCGCCGAAAUGAAUUCCAUUAAUGGCGAUUGCAAAUGGAAACGUAAUUCGCCGACAAAUCAAACAACGGCUCCAAGUCCGCCGAGAUUGAAAGCUCAUCAGCAGCAAAUGCAGGCUCAGCAGCAGCAGCAACAACAGCAGCAGCAGCAAGGACCACCGCCACAAUUGCAAUAUCCUGUUGUUGCCACUGCUCACUAUGGGACAACUGCCGGUUACACGCACGCUCAUCCUGGUCAUGGUCAUGGGGACACGGGCUCCGAGGUAUGGCAAGGAGUCCAACAUCACCAUCACUACCAGUACUAUCCUUACCACCAUCACCACCCCGCACCACCAAGGCACACGUCCCACACGUUACCAUCGGUAGGGAUAACGGGUGUAGGGAUGGGCUUAGACAUGGGCAUGAACAUGUCCAUCCCCAUGGAAACGGACACCAUCAUCAGCAACGUCACCACCAUCACCACGACGAGCACAACCACCAGCAACAGCAGCAACAACAACAACAACAGCAACGUCUUGUAUUAUCCAACGCAUCAUCACGUGGUGGGGUCGUCGGGCUCAAUGAUGGGUCCGUCUGCCCCACAGAUUCAAAACCGGACGCUGGGAGUCCUUUGCUGUCCAUCUCUGAGGUGACUAACACCCUACUCAACCAGUAGUCUUUUUAUCGUCUCGACGCUCAUCUAACGUUCACAAUCAAGGUGUCAAGACCGUGUUAAUCACUCCAAAACGGGUUAGCGAUCGCACGCUUGUAUCAUAUACAGAUAAUAUCGCUUAAAUAAUAAGAAGACUUCGUACAAUUCUGUAAUAUACUCAUUCAUACUAUUUCAACGUCGUACGACAAAAAAAGAAAAGAAGUACAUUGCAUCGAUUCAUCCAUAAUAUCGAUUAAUUUUAAAAAAUCAAUUCCCCUCCCCGCUCUCUGAAGCAAAAAUAUCAUUUUUAUAUUUCUACCGCUAUUCCAAUUUAAAAGACAUGAAAAAAGAAGAAUAUUAUAUUAUAUGUAUACACAAUAGUAUUCAUUAUUCUAAAUGCAGUUUUUUCAGAAAAAAAAAAAAUUUUUAAUAGAAAGCCAAAGCGCGAUAUUUUCUUGCAAAUUAUUAUCCGCAUAUUGAGAAUUUUUUAGAGACACGCGCUCAGUAAUAUUUUCUCCUUAACAAUUUCUUUUUUUAAGAAAAGACGUCUUUCCAAUUAUAAGUUUUAAAGCUUUAUAUACAUGUGUAAUUUUGGAAUUUAUUAGAAUUUACGUAAUAUGAAAGUUAAUAUAUAUCUACAAGAAAGAGGAAAUAUUUAAAAAGAAAGGAAUUUUUGAAUUUCAUUCAAUUUCAUUUAAUUUAAAAUUUUUUUUAUUAGAAUUUACCUAUAAAAGUUAAUAUAUCUACAAGAAAAUCAAUAAAUCAAUUUAGAAA